CUUGGUAAUCACUACGAUUAAAAUCGAAUGCGGUCGGUCUAAUUGCGCGCCUCACUUGCGCGCCAUGUGCCCGUUUCAUCUUCAUGCUGCAUCAAUUGCGAUUAAUUGACCGAUGAUGACAAUCAGAAGCUGUGACUAACCAGCUGAUGCCAAUCAAAAGAGCGGCCUCGUUUGAUCCCUCACGCCAUGGCUGCUGUCAAUCGCCAUGCAUUGCACCAAGGACAGGACGAAAGUGGGGCGCGAUAAUAAAAGUGGGGCCUGGGGGGAUGCUUUGGUGCACUUCGGCGUUAAUAUGAUAACCUGUAUCACGUAUGCAAUCGUUGUGUUGGCGUGUGUGGCUCUUUUGCUGGUGGUGAGGAGGGUGAGGCGGCAGAAGCUGCGCAUGGUGCGGCAGCAGGAGGUGUGGCAUCCAUGUUGGUAUGUCGCCUGGUAUCUUCUUGUAUGUCACUUUUGCUCUCAUCUCUCACCUCAUCAGAAGCGCGAACACUAGUGAUUAUUCCCUGUCAAAGUGCCCCGUCGCGUCGCAAAGUGGACCAAUUUGUAGGACCAGUCUCGGUGUUCGGCCCGCGCUCCGCUCCGGGACGGCCGUAAACCGAGUGUGGAUGUUCACUGAGACAUGGAGUGUUUCGGGCGCAGCUGAGGGGCGCAGAAAGAGAGAGGAUGGCCGGUUCGAGACGCACUUGCGUCCUGCUAGACCUCACGAUUGAACUCGUGCGAGGACUGACGAACGGUCGAUGAUGAAGUU